GUCAAUAGCAACGACAUAGCCGUCACACAAAUUUUGACACCCGUCUUUAAGAUUUUCAAAAUAUAUUUUAAAUUGAAGAAGUGACAAAUUACAAUGAACAAAUUUCUGAAAUUAAUUGUACGUAACUCACAAGCUCCCAUUUGGUACAGUCGGGCGACAAAUCGCUCACUCUUUUCCAACACACACACAAACCAUGUAAAAACCGGGGUCCGAUUUAGCAGCAGUGCUAGUACUAUGAAAGUCACAAUUCUUGGUGGUGGAGGAAACGUAGCAAAAUCAGUGGCUUUAAUGUUAAAACAAACCCCUUUAAUCGACGAAGUUUGCCUGUAUGAUACCAAGUCACUGGAGGGCUUUGCAGCAGAUUUGAAUUACAUCGACACCAAAUGCAAAGUCACUUCGUACUUAGGCCCUAAAGAUAUCCAGCACGCUCUUUCCAAAGCCACCGUCGUCGUCGUUUUUGCCUGUUGCCAACACUCGGACAGCUUCACCUACAGCAACCUGUUUGACAAAAAUGCCCCAAUAGUCAAAGAUCUGGCCGGUCACAUCUCCAAAUAUGCCCCUAAAUCUCUUAUAGCCAUUGGUGCCGAACCCAUUAAUAGCAUGGUGCCAAUGUUUAGCGAAGUCAUGAAAAAACACGGGAACUACAACCCGUGUACCAUUUUCGGAGUGACUACUAUAGAUGUCGUUAGAACGAACAGAUUCGUAGCUGAGGUUCUCGGACUCGACCCUGAGUGUGUCACAGUACCCGUGAUAGGCGGCCACAGCGAGAAAACCAUAGUACCUGUGUUAUCAAAGGCUGCUCCUUGCAACGAACUCACAAACAAAGAACUGGAAGACAUAACUAAUAGUGUGCGACAGGCUGAUGACAACUUAAUGAAAAUCCGCUCAGAUGGCGCUUAUUUGUCUUACGGUUUCUCUACCGCGAGGUUCGUUUUAGCUUUGGUGAAAGCGGCUAAAGGGCACUGCGACGUCGUCGAGUGUGCGUUUGUGAAGUCUAAUGUUCAUCCGCAAUUGAAGUACAUGGUGACGCCGCUGGUGUUGGGUCCAGGUGGUGUGGUGAAAAAUUUCGGGGUGCCGACGUUGUCGGACUACGAGGAGUGUCUCCUAGAGAACGCGAUUCCGCUUCUGGCGGAGGAUAUAAAGAAGGGGGAGUUUGUGGGUGGACGGCCUAUGAGGAUGGUGGACGGGGUGAUGCAGCCGAAGCCGAUUUGUGACCCGUGUGACCCCAAUCCUAAGGCACCUAGGUGCCCGCCGAACCACUGCGAGCUGCAGUCGUUAUUCGCCGAUAAGCCGUGUUAAGUCGAAAUUAAAGAGUUGGUUAAUAAAUAAAUAAGUAUAUUAUCAAACAAUACCUACAGUAACACUCUAUUUACAUAAGAUUUAGGUACCUCAUAUACACAAACUUUAUAAGUUA